AUAGCACAUCGAUUUUUUUUUUAAAUCGAUAAGAAAACUCAUCGAUCGAUAGAAUAACAUUUGUAGAUGAUUCGAGUAGUCGAAAAAAAGUAUCGAUUCAUAAAUUAAGUCAGAGAUGCAUUACAUACUGCAUCUUCAAUAACUAUUAGAAAAUGCGUGACGUAGCGAUGGAUGCAAAUGGAAAUGGGAAGCGUGAUCUUCCCCGAAUAGUUCUACAGCAACGAAUUAUGAGUACUGAAGAAAUAUCUAAAUCUACGGAUUUGGAUUUUAUUUAUGAUGAUGCAGACAAGCAUGCCAACGAAAUUGCAGAAUUAUAUAGUUAUUCAGAACAAUCUGAAUUACACGUUAACCUUACAGCAUUUGAAGAACAAAUGGAAUUAUAUAAAUUAAGACCAUGGUGGCAAAAUUUAUCAGAAGCUCAACAAAAAUCUGUAAUUUACAAAUUAUUAGAUCAAUUAGAGGUUUCUAACAAACAAUUAAGGAUGAAGGCAGCAAGAUGUAUCUUGUAUUUAGCUCAAGGUUGUUGGGCUGAAGUACAAUCUGAUGAAGAGCAACGAGAAUGGACCAGAAAAAAUGUUAUGUUAUUGUAUGAGGCUGGAAUUUUUCCAACAUUUGUUGAACUUCUUAAUAUUGAAAUUACUAAUAGUAGAAGAGCUGCUUCUGCAAUGAGAAAAAUAUCUGUUAGCCUUGACGAUUCCACUGAUUUAAGAGUAAUUUUGUCAGUUUUAUAUAUUAUAACAGAAGUGAUGAGAGAAGAAAUGAAAAAUUUAAAACACAGUAUUUAUAAAAAUAAUGUUGAAUCUUUUAAAGAAGAUUUAAUAAAUCCUUAUGGCGAAGAAUUACUUAUAGUCAAACUUCUUGGUAUGGUAACAUAUUUUUGCAGUGGAGCAGCUCCACAUUUUCCAAUGAAAAAAGUUCUUUUAUUAUUGUGGAAGUUAAUUUUGGUAUCUUUGGGUGGAAUUGAUACAUUGAGAGAAUUAAAAAAACAAUAUCGUGAAGAAGCUGGUCUUGAUACACAACAGGAAGAUACUUUAGAAGUUGCUAAAACUAUGAGAGCUAGUUCUCCUCCUGUCAGUGCAGCAGAUUUAAUUGAAACACAAAAUCAAAAAAAGAAUCAUAGAUCUUAUCGACGAUUUUUAAUGAAACAAAGUUCAUUAGAUGAACCAGGCUUGGAAAUGGAAUAUGAAGGUGCAGAAAUGGGAAAUGAUACUGCAAACAAUGAAGGUGAAGGAGAAGCUAAUGUAUUUAUGAAUCAAACUGUUUUGACUCAGUUACGAACUUAUUGUCAAAAUGAAAAUAAUCAACCUCAAGUAAGACCUGAUACUCCACAACUUACUAAAGGAAAAAGUUUACCAUGGACACCAAAGGUGAGACAAAAGGAUGUGGACACUUUUCUGGAAGUAUCAAGAUUAAAAUUUGUUGGUUACAAUUUAGAAGGAGAUAGACAAAGUCUGGCAGGUUUACCACAACCAAUACUUGAAGGUGUUAAUACACUUAAAAGACAUAUGUAUAUAUCUUUAGCAGAAAUCCAAAUUCAAAAAGAAGAACAAAUGCUUAGAAAUCCUAUUAGUACUCCAAGGUUUCCAAUUCGCCAAACACCAACAGAAAUUGUAUAUCAUGCUAUAUUACCAUUUGUUCCACAAUAUAUGAUUGCAUUACUGAAAAUUUUAUUAGCAGCUGCACCUACUAGUAAAGCUAAAACAGAUAGUACUAAUAUUAUGGCUGAUGUUUUACCAGGACAAAUGCCUAUUCCUAUCUUGGAUUUUCCCAUGUGUGUUAUUGGAGAACAACCAGAUGUAUCUCUUGAUAAUCUUGAAACUGGAGACAAUUCACCAUGUUCAUGGAGAAAUGUUUUUUCUUGCAUUAAUUUAUUACGUAUUCUUAAUAAAUUGACAAAAUGGAAACAUAGUAGAAUUAUGAUGUUAAUCGUUUUUAAAUCAGCACCCAUAUUAAAACGUACAUUAAAAGUCAGACAUGCAAUGAUGCAAUUAUAUGUUUUAAAAUUACUAAAAAUGCAAACCAGAUAUUUAGGACGACAAUGGCGAAAAACUAAUAUGAAAACAAUCAGUGCAAUUUACGCAAAAGUUCGACAUCGUCUGAAUGAUGAUUGGGCUUAUGGAAAUGAUUUAGAAGCACGACCUUGGGAUUUUCAAGUAGAUGAGUGCGUAUUACGUUCUUGUGUUGACCGAUUUAAUAAUCUACGAUACACUAAUGUCCCUAAAGAUAAAGAUAUGGAACCUGUUGAUAAUUCUGUUACGUCGGUACUCGGAGUAAAUGUGGAAUUAAGCGAUGAAUUUAAACAACAUUAUGAAUUAUGGUUACAACAAGAAGUAUUUCAAAGAAGUAUUAAUUGGGACGAAUUAUUAGAUCCUGAAGCGUGUGAGAUUUAAAUUUUUAAUAAGUGUAAUAUAAUAUAUAUAUAUAUUAAAAUCGUAUUUUCGUCAACUCAUAGACCUGGAUCAAAUUUUGACGUUUUUAUAAAUUAUAUACUAUUGUGAAGUGUUCAAAAAAAACAUUGCCAUAUCGAUGCAUUGGAAACUGAAUUCAUAUUUGGUUUAUAUACAUUGAACAAUGAAUGGUCCUAAUCUAACGAACAUUUAACACAGAGACUAGUGAUUUUUCAAAAAUAGUUUAUGACAUAAUGUGUAAUUUUUUUACAUUUGUUUGUGUGUAUUUAAUUUGUUUAAUGUAUAUUGCUUAUAGCAAUAUGUUAUUACUAUUAUAGUUGUAAGUGAAUAUAUAUAAUCAUUAUGAAAAACUAGGAUAAAUUUAUUCAAAAUAUGAUUCAUAUAAGUUUCUGUAAAUUAAUUUUUAAUAAUAUAACGAACUGCGAAUUGUAUACCAAUUUAAACUUCCUAUAUUCUAUAUAAUUUUUAUAUGUACUCUAUUUUACUGUGACUUGUCAUUGUAUAGUGAUAAUAUUUAUCAUGAUACAGUCUACAAUGGUAUUUACAAACAUAUAAAUCUUAAUAUGUAUAAUGUAUUAAUUUAACUUAAACUGCAUUUUUUAAAAUUUGCUAAUUUUGUACAUUAAAUAUGUUUUAUUCAUUAUUAAAUGUGGCAGUAAUGCGUGUUUGACCUGUGUGUUACGUAUAGAUAAUCUCUUUAUAUGAGACAGAAAGAGAAAGAUGAAUAGUGAAAUCAGUUGUAUAUAAAUUCAUAAUGCAAAAAUUUAUGAAGCACUCAUAUGGUGCUUUUCUAUCAUAGAAUUAUUUCAUUUAAUAGCUGAAUAUUUAAAAUAUAGAUUAUAUAAAUUAUAGACUGAAUAAUUAAACUUUCUCUUAUUUAUUUAUUGUAAUGUAUAUUUAAAUAAUUUCAGCGCAAAGUAUCACAUGAUUAUAUUAUUUUAUUCACAGUAUAGGAUAUUUUUUGUGAUUGACGUGAUUUAAAUCGUCAAAAGUAAAUAAAGUUAUAGUCUACA